AAGAUGCGCAAGCGCCGGCGGCCCUGCCGCGCGGUGGCUGCCGGGUGCCGCACGCCUUCCCUUUCCUCGCCUCUCCCUUUUACCCCCGCUCCCAUCCCCGCCCCCACGGCCGCUCCGCUCCCUGGCGUGACUCGGCAUUGAGAGCCCCGGGAGAAGACGCCGCGGUCGCUACCUCUUCUGUCCAGGCCUCCGCCUUCCUGGGCCUCCCUCCUUCCUCUCCCGCGUCUUCUUCAGUUUUGAAGCCGGUGGCUUCGCGGCCGCCCUGCCGGACUUCUGAGAAUGGUGGGUGUGAAGCCGGUCGGGAGUGACCCGGAUUUCCAGCCGGAGCUGAGCGGCGCGGGCUCCAGACUCGCCGUGGUCAAGUUCACCAUGCGAGGGUGUGGACCGUGUUUAAGGAUUGCCCCAGCAUUCAGUUCUAUGAGUAAUAAGUAUCCGCAAGCAGUAUUCUUGGAAGUAGAUGUACAUCAGUGUCAGGGAACAGCUGCCACCAACAAUAUAUCAGCAACACCUACAUUUCUGUUUUUUCGAAACAAAGUGAGAAUUGAUCAAUAUCAAGGAGCAGAUGCUGUGGGACUAGAGGAAAAAAUCAAGCAGCACUUAGAAAACGACCCUGGAAGCAACGAGGACACAGAUAUUCCAAAAGGCUAUAUGGAUUUAAUGCCUUUUAUUAACAAAGCUGGCUGUGAAUGUCUUAAUGAAAGUGACGAGCAUGGAUUUGACAACUGUUUACGAAAAGACAUGACCUUCUUGGAAUCUGAUUGUGAUGAACAGCUACUUAUUACCGUGGCAUUCAAUCAGCCUGUUAAGCUUUACUCAAUGAAAUUUCAAGGGCCGGAUAAUGGUCAGGGUCCUAAGUAUGUAAAAAUUUUUAUCAAUCUACCCCGGUCUAUGGAUUUUGAAGAGGCAGAAAGAAGUGAGCCAACUCAAGCUCUGGAACUAACAGAGGAUGAUAUUAAAGAAGAUGGUAUUGUCCCACUUCGUUAUGUAAAGUUUCAGAAUGUUAACAGUGUAACUAUAUUUGUUCAGUCUAAUCAAGGUGAAGAAGAAACAACAAGAAUUUCAUAUUUUACUUUUAUUGGGACUCCAGUCCAGGCAACAAAUAUGAAUGACUUCAAACGACUUUUUUAAUCCAACUCAAAUGAACUAAAACCAGAAGAUUUUUAACAAUGAAGUAAUAUAAAGAUUGACCUUAUCUCACUCUACUCCCCUCCUUGCUUCUCUGCUCAUCUAGCACCUGUCUGCUCUCACCCUUCUCAUGUUCUCACCAUUGUUGGGGCAAGAUUUCUACAGCUUCUAUCAUCUGGAUCAGCCUUCGUGUUACCUAAAUUUCCUCAACCGUCUCUUCUUCAGAUCUCAUUCUAGUCAUGUUUCUCAGUUGGCCUUUUAUUUGUUUUGGUUUUUGUUCUGGGCUUGCAACUAGGUGCUUUAAUUUCAUUACCAUACCAGGUUGCUCACCCAACUUCUUGUUACUUUUUUUUAUUUACUUUCUCCGGUCUCAUAUUUAAUUUUGUACUAC